UGCCUGAGCAGAACCCUAACACUCUGCCCUCCUGCCCUCCAGUCUACAAGCAGCUUCUCCCUUCUCCAUUCCUAUAAAUUCUUGCCCUAUCCCCUAACUGAUGAAGGCAGACCCGAGUAUACUGCUCUGAACCUCCUUGCUUGUUGACUGAACAAUAGAGAUUUUCAUAGUUGGCUUUUGUGAGCAUAAGCAGUGAGCCCUUGCUUAGUAUCAGGGUUCACUGAUACUAAGUAUCAGGUGUUGCAAAACUGCAUCAGCAGCAUGAUUUGGGAAAUUAGUUAUCUCUGUAGCCCACUGUUUAAUGAAUGAAUGGACGAAUUCUAACUUGGCCGCUCAAGAUGGUGUAAGGACAAUCUGAAAUCAUACUGAGAUGGUGGCUCAUAACAUAAGAAUUAAAAUGGCUACAGAAUACUAAGAAAACAGAUACAUUUUUCUGAAUCUUACAGAUUUCUCUAAGAGGACUAAGUGGCCACACAGGUAUCAGGAAUAGAACCUGCCAGAGUUAAUAAUUUUCUGGAAUGUAACAAUUCUUAGCAUGGCUUAAGAGAAACACGAUUGUCUAGUUGGCACCUUGACCUGGACAUUGCAAUGGACUUAGAAAAUUUAUUAACCUGACUAUCAAAUCACUGAAUUUACCUUGAUCCUGCUUGUCCUGCCCACAGAUUGCCCCUUUGUGUUAUAAAAGCCUUAAUCCUACUGAGCUUUGUGAAACAUUUCCCCAGUUUCUGAACUGAGCCUGUGUUUUAUUGAUUCACAAAUAUAUUCUGUCCCCAAAUGAGAUGAUGUUUGCUUUUACUUCUUUAUAAUUUCUUGUUUUGCAAGGCUGGGGAAGUGAGUGGACUACAGGAAUGUGAAGCUAAGCUAGUGUCACCAUCCUUCUUCCUUACCCUCCUCUCAUGUCCAGCGGCACAUGCACUAGAGGUGAGGUUGAUUGCAGUUGGACGCCACAUAGCAAAGCUACUCUGAAUUUCCUGAAAGGAUUUUGUUCUUCCCACCCAAAGUCCUCUUGUCAUCUUCCUCCUCUUUUUUUCCUCCCUGAGACUUCAAAAAGGAUGCUAACUUCAGCUCAGGUUUUCAGCAAAACAGAAGUGUGGAGUUUCUUGACUCCACUCCCUUCAGGAAGCAAUUCAAAGAUGUCACUCAAACAGAGCCUCGGGAGGUGACUGGCCACCCAUGGAACCAUCUCGGGAGCCACUGAUGCUCUUUAGAAAAGAAGAAACCGAGGAACAGAGAAAUACAUUUCUAUAAAUUGCUCAGCUCUUAAGGUGCUGAACCAGGAUUUGGACUGAGUCCAUUUGAAUUCAGAGAAUGGAGGAUUAUUUUGGUAUUUCUUACUCUAGAGGGUCAGUGGUCAUUGUGGAUAAAAAGUGCCCAAGCACCCUCAGGGCACAGGAGGGACAUGGAGGCAGUGGAAAGUGCCAGGUAGGCCCGCCCUAGAGGCCUCCUCGUCCUCCCAGUCCUGACACCCUCUCCCUUUCUUCUCCAGGACUGGGAAAGCUUCUGGCUGAAGACAGAGAAACCCUGUUUCCUCUUUCCCUCCUAGGACAGGUGCUGUUGGAAGAUGUGGAAUUCUGGCAAAAAACCAUUUCAAGACCCCUGGGGAGGGAGGACUUCACUCACUCAUUAGCACCUUAUUUGCCCUUUGUUAACCACCAAGUGAAAAUAACAGUCAAAGAAGUGACAAGGACUUUGUCAGCCAAACCCCUCUGAGAUCUGUAUAAAGACCUUGCCCCAAAGACUGAGUGCAGAAACUGACCUUCUACUCUGGAGUCCCAGGCCCCCCCAGGACAGUGAGGUCACCAUGGCUCUGGAGAAGUCCCUGGUCCUCUUCCCACUACUUGUCCUGGUGCUCCUGGGGCUGGUGUGUGUCCAGCCUUCCCUGGGCAAAGAAUCCUCUGCCAUGAAGUUCCGGCGGCAGCACAUGGACUCAGAGGGUUCCCCCAACACCAACGCCAACUACUGCAAUGAAAUGAUGAGACGCAGGAAUAUGACGGAGGGACGCUGCAAGCCCGUGAACACCUUUGUGCAUGAGCCCCUAGCAGAUGUCCAGGCUGUCUGCUUCCAGAAAAAUGUCGCCUGCAAAAAUGGGCAGACCAACUGCUACCAGAGCAGCUCCAGCAUGCACAUCACAGACUGCCGCCUGACGAGCAACUCCAAGUACCCCACCUGCUCCUACCGCACCAGCCAGAUGGAGAGGAGCAUCAUCGUGGCCUGUGAGGGGAACCCGUAUGUGCCAGUCCACUUCGAUGCUUCUGUGGAGUCCUCCACCUAAGCCAGAGCAGGGAGACACCCAUCUCACCCCUUCUCAGCAUUUCAACACCCACCUUUCCCCUCGUCUCUCUUUCCCCCAAAGAAAUACCUGUAGUUAGGGCUCCUGUCCAACACACACAUGCUUCCCUCUCCUCAGUCCUGCUUCUGCAUGGCUUUGGGGCUGAGAGUGGGUGGUGAGGUGGGCUCCACAUUAACUCCUUCACUGCUUCUUUCAAUAAACACGGUUU